UAGAACAAUAUAUUUCAUAAAAAUAGUUGCAUUUACUAUUUUAGUUUUCCGAUAUAACUUUUUGUCUUAUUUUACUUGAAUAAUAUUAAUAUAACGUUCUAUGUUCAAUGUAGUGUGUUGAACGUACAUACCAUUACCAUGGAGGAUGAAAUAGAGGAAUGUAUUAGAAAAAAAGUUCUGUGGUCUCAAUUGCCUUUGAGCGUCAAAAAGCUAUUGGGCGAUUCACCUAAAGCCUAUGAGCGAUAUAUAUUUGAGUUUAGCAUUAAGAAUCAAAUACGGUACAGAGGAAGUUUGGUUCGAACAGUCCGGAAAGAUGAGAGGAAGUACUAUGAAACCCUUGUACAGAGCAGCAUACAAAGACUCAUGCUCUACCCCUAUCACUUAGCUGACAUGAUUGUUAAAGGACUGAGGAUUACUCCUUUUAUAUACUAUGUGGAAGUGGUGGUAUUGUUGAUUGAAUCGGAGAAAAGCUAUGACACCAUGCCUAACUUUACAGCUGCUGAUUGUCUUCGGCUGUUGGGUAUUGGCCGUAACGAGUAUUUGGAACUAGUAGCGAAAUCCCGGUCGCUGGGUCGUCGUGGCCGUUCAAAAGCGAUACGAGCAUUACUCCCGCGCGUACCUCUCAACAUCCCUAUACAGCCGUGGUGGCGGAUCGAGUUGGGAUAUGUUCUCGAAGAAGAUGUUAAGCCAUUGAGUGAAAGCGAGAAGGCGCUUAUAGAUAUGCUAAUCGACCGCGGCUCGCAAACUGCUGGCACGCUGGAUUACAACAACGUCAGGUCUUUAUACAGACGCGGCCUAAUAUACCUGGAUGUACCAAUAACAGCUGCGGAUAAAGUCUCCGUGCCGCCGCUGAAAGGGUUCGUAAUGAACCGCAUCGCCGGCGAUUACUUUGAGACGUUGCUAUAUAAAGUGUUCGUGUCCAUUGAUGAACAUACCUCCGUCACGGAGCUCGCUUCCGUUUUACAAGUGGACUGUGAACUGGUGAAGCAGGCAGUGUCGUUGUACUGCCGACUGGGAUUCGCCCGUCACCUGCAACCGCCGCCACUCACGCACCGUCACCCCUCGUGGCGGGACGCUGUCACCACGCAUCAUCAUCAGCCGUACCGACAAAUAACACCCUUAACAUUUGACCCAAACGCCGACGAUGACACGCUACAAAUGGAACCAGUACUUAUAAAAGAUGAACCGUCUACAUCUCGGCAGAUAUAUCAAGAAACUACGGAUACGCCGAGCAGCAGUGGCGGUCGGAGAGUCGCUAUUCUCUUCGAUUCCACUCUCGCUGCAUAUCUGAUGAUGGGGAAUUUGUCACCGGAUCUAAAGAGUCACGCAGUAACUUUAUUUGAAGUGGGCAAAUUGUGUGAUGAAAGCUUGGACAGUUUUCUUAUGGAGUUAGAUAAGGUGGCGGCAGAUCCAGAAAUUGAAGGUGAAGCAAGACGAUAUUUAGCCGCUGCAGCGUGUUUGCGGAUAGCACUACGUACGCUGCGUCCGAAACUGCAACCUCUAGACCUGUUGCGCUGCGAAGCGCUGCAUGCUUUAGGGACUACCGCACGAACGAGAUUACUGGCUACUAAAUACAGGUUGGCCGUGUCGACGGCUCCUCUGGGCCGAGCGGCGCGCGCGGGCGCGGCGGCGGGCGGCCUGCCGCACGUGGGGCCGGCGCCCCCGGAGGCCGCGGAGCCCUGGAUGCGGCUCUACCUGUACCACGUGGCCGGCUACGGCCCGCCCACGCUGCUGCUCACCAAGGGCACCCAGCUGCGUAUGGUACCGCGGCCGUUGCUGGGCUACGCGCGACUCUCGGUGUGGUGGUGGGGCGCCGAGGGUGCGGGAGGUGAGCUUCCAGCUGCUGCAGCGCUGGCUGCAGCAAACUCUGCGCUGCGUCGGGCGCCCGUACUUCUGCAGGCUGUCGGCGUGCGGCAUGCGCCUGCGCUGCGACACCUUAUGUUCCCGCCAGACAGCGAACGUUGUUGUCCAGAGUCGCAAGCGUUGUGGAGCCGUCACGCUGGUCUGCGGCGAUUGGUCUCUCGACUGCGGCUGUCGCGCUCGGCCGGGUACGUGACGCUCGCCGACAUAGGCGUCCCAGACCUCGGCUGCGCCCGCCCACCUGCCACCGUCCAAUUAGUACCUGUACGAAAGAAGAAAGAAUUCUGUGGAGUAGCGAAACCAGUAAGUGACAUGUCAGUGACAUCUACAGAUUCAAAUGAAAAGUCAAUAUUAGACAAUAAAACUGCAACGGCUAGACUACAGUCUCCCAUAGAAUCGCAUUUUGCCGUCACACCAACUGUCGAUAGUAAACAUAGUUCCCCAGCUAAUGGUUUCACGAGUGUUGAAGGAGGCCAGCUACUAUGUGAAGAGCUUGACAACCUAGCUAUUAACGACCAGCCUAAACAGACCCAUCAGAGCAAAGAAUCGAUUGCUUGCAGCGACGAUAUCAUACCUAUACAUUCCUCAUCAACUAGUAUUGAAGAUUUAAAAAAGAGUGAUGACAGUAAAAAGCAUUCCACCGAUACAUUGAGCAAGGAAUCUAUUACGUUCUCAGAUGAUUUGGUACCUAUAAACUCAUCGUCGGUCAGCAUUGAGAAUUUGAAGUUUGAUAGUAAAAAGGGAAGUCAGACUCCAAGCGAGAAAUCUAUGAAUAUGUUGAACGAUUUGUUAAGUCCUGCAGAAGAAUCGAUAUCGAUGUUCACUCAGUUGUCGGAUAAGUUGACUGAGAUGACAGCUGAAGGCGAUAGUGGAGUCGAUAUAGCGCACAAUUACUCCGACGAGGAAUCCUGUAAACCAGAGAAAUGGACUAUAUUGGACCUCCAAUUUGGCAUUCCACUCUUUGAUGAAAUUCUCUGCGAGAAAAUAUGUCAGUGUAUAGUAGAUCGUAUGACUUUCCCUGAUUUAUUAGAGAAAGUUAAAGAAGACAAUGAUUUUAUCAAAUCAGACGUACUUAAGUUUGUUUCACAAUGUCAGUAUUAUCCAGGUGAAGAUAUGGGAAUAGUAAAACGGGGUAGUUUAGUACCAUUGCCAAGGAAAUGCCUCGUAUUUGAAAAUGGACGUAUAAGCGAGUGGAGUGGGAAAUGAUGUUGCUUGCUCCGGUCACGCCAUAUUUACCCAUCGACACCAUAGUGUGAAAGAGACAGUUAUAUUUGUGAUUAAUUUUGAGCUUUACUAGAGAUUGAAUGAAAUAGUGUGGUGAAUAUAGAAUAUCACAUAGAGAUGUUCUUUUUGUUUUCUAUUAAUGACACAUUUAUGUGAUUAAUUUGAAAUAUAUUUGUUAUAUUAUAAUAUAGUUAAAUAUAUAUAAAAUAAUUAGGUUGUAAUAUGUUCUUUUUUAUGUUUUAGUUUUUUGUUACCAAUAUUUUUUUAACAAUUUUAUAAUAAACUGUAAUCACACUCUCUUUGUACUAUGAUUAUGUAGACACGCUUGUCGUUAUAAAAUUUUAAUUUUAUCAGUAUUAUAUUGCCCAGUAGCAAAUAAUGAUU